AUGGCGGCAUCAUCUUCUAGAGGAAGAAGCAGUUCGCCUUUUCAUCAACGGAGACCCUCGAGCCCUUACUCCUCAACUUCCUCCUCCUCGUCGUUGAAGAACGGCCGAUUAAUGCCGCGCUCGAACUCCACCUCGGCGGCGUCGUUUUAUGGCGGUAGUGGCGGCGAAGGGUACGGCUCUAGAUCCAUGACGGCGAGCCAAGAUAGAGGAGAUUAUCCCCGAAGCCGGACUCCGGUAAGUUUUCCGGCGAUGGAAGACCAGCUGGCCGGCGAGCCUAUGGAUUGUGGUUCUAGAUCGGGGGAUAGCAUUUCAGUCACGAUUCGAUUUCGGCCUUUGAAUGAAAGAGAAUAUCAUAGAGGAGAUGAGGUUUCUUGGUAUGCAGAUGGUGACAAAAUUGUGCGAAAUGAGUAUAACCCGAUGACUGCCUACGCAUUUGAUAAAGUGUUUGGGCCUAAUACAAAUACUCAAGAGGUGUAUGAAGUAGCUGCUCGACCUGUAGUGAAGGCUGCAAUGGAGGGUAUCAAUGGAACUGUAUUUGCUUAUGGAGUCACCAGCAGCGGAAAGACACACACUAUGCAUGGAGAUCAAAUUUCUCCGGGUAUCAUACCAUUGGCCAUAAAGGAUGUUUUCAGCAUCAUCCAAGAUACUCCAGGUCGUGAAUUCUUACUCCGAGUGUCAUAUCUCGAGAUUUACAAUGAGGUGAUUAAUGACUUGCUGGAUCCAACUGGCCAGAAUUUGCGUGUUAGAGAGGACGCACAGGGAACUUAUGUCGAGGGUAUAAAGGAAGAAGUUGUUCUAUCACCUGGACACGCCCUUUCAUUUAUUGCUGCAGGAGAAGAGCAUCGUCAUGUCGGUUCAAAUAACUUUAACCUCUUCAGCAGCCGUAGUCACACAAUAUUUACAUUGAUGAUUGAAAGUAGUGCACAUGGAGAUGAAUACGAUGGGGUUAUAUUCUCACAAUUGAAUUUAAUCGAUUUAGCUGGAUCAGAGAGCUCAAAAACUGAAACAACUGGGUUAAGGAGAAAGGAAGGAUCCUACAUCAAUAAAAGUCUUCUUACACUUGGAACUGUGAUUGGGAAACUUAGUGAAGGAAAAGCAUCACAUGUUCCUUAUCGGGACUCGAAGCUUACUCGUCUUUUACAGUCAUCACUAAGUGGGCAUGGGCAUGUUUCGCUUAUCUGUACGAUCACUCCUGCAUCAAGUAAUAUGGAGGAAACCCAUAACACAUUAAAGUUUGCCAGUAGGGCGAAGCGUGUUGAAAUAAAUGCUUCACGUAAUAAGAUAAUUGACGAAAAAUCAUUGAUCAAAAAGUAUCAACGCGAAAUAUCAUCACUAAAAGAUGAACUUGAUCAACUUAAGCGGGGAAUGGUUGUUGGCGUCAACCAUGAAGAAAUUAUGGUUUUGCGACAGAAGUUGGAAGAAGGACAAGUCAAAAUGCAAUCAAGAUUGGAGGAGGAAGAAGAAGCUAAGUCAGCUUUAAUGAGCAGAAUUCAGAGGCUAACAAAGUUAAUUCUUGUGUCAUCAAAAAACACAAUACCAGGAAGUUUGAGCGACAUGCCCUCUCACCAAAGGAGUCACUCUGCUUCCGAGGAUGAUGAUGAAGUGACUGUCUCAGAUCAUAUGGACCUCCUUGUUGAGCAAGUGAAGAUGCUUGCUGGAGAGAUUGCAUUUGGUACCAGCACACUAAAGCGUCUGUUGGAGCAGUCUGUGAAUGAUCCUGAAAACUCAAGAACUGAGGAGAUACAGAACUUGGAGUGUGAAAUCCAAGAAAAACGAAAGCAGAUGAGAGCUUUAGAACAGCGUAUAGUUGAGAGUGGUGAAGCUUCAGUUGCUAAUGCAUCUUUGGUUGAAUUGCAGCAGACAGUCAUGAAACUGAAAGCACAGUGCAGUGAGAAGGGCUUUGAGCUUGAGAUUAAAUCUGCGGACAAUCGUGUGCUUCAAGAGCAGCUUCAGAAUAAGUGUGCAGAAAAUAAGGAAUUGGAAGAGAAAAUUAACCGCCUCGAGCAAGAACUAGCUUCAGUCUCCAGUGACAAUAGGUCAAUUCCUGAGAAUCAUGUAACCGAUGAAUUUACUGAAGAAUUGCGAAAAAGAAUUCAGUCACAGGAACUUGAGAAUGAGAAGCUCAAACUCGAGCAUGUCCAGAUUCUAGAAGAGAAUAGUGGAUUGCACGUACAGAAUCAGAAGCUAUCCGAGGAAGCUUCUUAUGCUAAAGAACUAGCAUCUGCAGCAGCUGUCGAGCUAAAGAACUUAGCCGGUGAGGUCACCAAGCUCUCCAUCCAAAACGCUAAAUUGGAAAAAGAAUUACAAGCUGCUCGCGAGUUGAGCUCUCGAUCUUCUAACGCAAACCGAAAAAAUAACGAUGCUCAAAGGAGCAAUCGUAUAAGAGCCCGUCUUUCUGGAAGAGCAAAUGACCUUUCGAGCGAUUUUGAGUCGUGGAGUCUCGAUCCGGAUGACCUGAAAAUGGAGCUGCAAGCUAGAAAACAAAGGGAAGCUGCUCUAGAGGCCUCAUUGGCCGAGAAGGAAAAUUUGGAGGAUGAGUACAGGAAAAAAUUCGAGGAAGCGAAGAAAAGGGAAGCUGCCCUGGAGAAUGACCUGGCAAACAUGUGGGUGCUUGUUGCUCGGCUGAAGAAAGAAGCGACUGUCGUGAAGGAAGAAUUUAGGAAUAAUAAUGGUAGGUUGAAUGAAGAUGAUGCUGAUGAGACGAGUGAUGUGAAAAUUGGUGACAUUGAUUGCAAUGAUAUCAUUGAAGAUUGUCAGAGUCGAGAUAAUCCGAAUCCAGCUCCAGCUCCAGCUCCUAUUGUUCCCAAAGAAGAACCUCUCGUCGUGCGCCUGAAAGCUCGAAUGCAGGAGAUGAAAGAGAAAGAACGUAGAUACACUGGGAAUGGAGAUACGAAUUCUCAUGUCUGUAAAGUGUGCUUUGAAUCUCCUACAGCCGCAAUGCUUCUGCCAUGUCGACAUUUUAGCUUAUGUAAGACAUGUUCCCUUGCCUGUACGGAGUGUCCAAUUUGCCGAACAAAGAUUGCAGAUAGGAUUUUUGCAUUUACUUGA